ACGUCGUCAACAACAACAGCAACGCCAUUAACAUCAUCAAUGUCAACAGCAGCAACGUCAACAACAACGUCAACAACAACAGCAACGUCAUUAACAUCAUCAAUGUCAACAGCAGCAACAACGUCAGCAACAACGUCAACAACACAGUGAACGUCGUCAGCAAUAACAACAGCAACGUCAUUAACACCAUCAAUGUCAACAGCAAUGUCAGCGUCAUCAUCAACAAAAACAAUGUCAACAACAUCAUCGUCAAUAACAACGUCAUCGUCAACAACGUCAACGUCAACGAUGUCAACAACAUCAUUGUCAACAACGUCAUCAUCAACAACAACGUCAUCGUCAACAACAGCAACAACGUCAGCAUCAUCAACAUCAUCAUCAUCAUCAACAAUGUCAACAACAUCAUUGUCAAGAACAUCAACAAUGUCAACAUCAUCAUCGUCAGCAUCAGCAUCGUCAACAUCCACGCCAACGUCAUC